AUGACGUCGCCCAUGCCAACUGAGACUGAGGAGGAUCGAGAGGCAAUGUAUCGGAUGUAUAUUAAAAACUUCGCCGAGCCUCUGUAUCAAAAACAGACUCAAGAUGGCGACCCUGCGGAAACAUUCACCAACAAGACUGAAUUGAUUGCAGAACGCUUUGCCAAUUUCCACAAAAAUGUCAAGGAAGGAGGACGUAUCCCCUACCUCAAGAAGGAAUGGAUAGGAGUCGUGUUCGCCGAGAACACCAUGGUGCGCCUCGUCAGUAAUCACGCCUCUUUUGACGUCAUCCAGUAUCGGGAAAAGCCUUCCAGGUCUGGAAUGUCUAUGAUUCACAUCUUCGGUAUUCCUAAUGAUAAAAUGUGGACCCCUUUCAAUGCGGUGGCCUUGGAUAAAGGAAAUCUGGACGUCAUAAAGGCUGGUGGCGUCAUCACGGAUGUUGGCAUCAUCGAUGAGAUGAUUCAACUCUUCAAGGCCUCGUGGGAAGACCCCAACGUCCGGCAGAGUAUUCUUGUGCACCAGCUCGAAGCCAUCGAGGCAAGAACCAAGGAACAGAUCAAGGCCAGCGAAGAAACAAAAUUGAUGGAAGAUUACGAAAAGGAGUUGGACAUUAAGGAGGCCAGAUUACAGGCUCGGAUUGCUAAAGAACAUUGCGAAGUUCUCGCCGCUGAUAUUGACAAAAUCGACGUUGACCAGUUCCAAUAUGGUCUCCACCUCGACCCUGACCAAAGCGUCCAUUCGCUUCAUCUGCACAUCAUCCUGGCUGCGAAGAAAUAUCGUCAGUACAGCACCACAGCCCACGACAACAAGACUAUGGACGCAGGCGAGGUCUGA